GCGAUGUGAACGAAUUGUUGUAAACUUUUUUUUCUCGAAAAUUACGACUAACUUCAAGUUAUUUUAAGUGUUUUCGUACUGAAAUGGCAAAGUUGAAACCGAAUACAAAACCUCCCCUUGGUGGGAAGCGACCAAAGGAUACAAAAUUCAAGCAAAAACCGAAGCAGCAGAACGGCAAACGCAGGUUCAAGUUUUCAGUGAAAGAUGAGGAAUCGGAAAUCAGCCGGUUAACCAAGCUCUACGCAACGGCAAAAAUCGAAGAAUCAAGUAACUUCAGUGAUUUUCCGCUUUCGAAGAAAACUCUACGUGGUUUGACUCAAGGACAGUACAAGAAACCCACCGCGAUCCAGCGGGAAUCGAUCCUGCCGGCUCUUCAGGGAAAGGAUAUUCUAGCAGCAGCCAAAACAGGAAGUGGAAAAACGUUGGCGUUUUUGAUUCCCGUUUUCGAGAAGCUGUACAUUAACCAGUGGACCCGAUUGGAUGGACUGGGUGCUCUGAUAAUAACGCCGACUCGGGAAUUGGCACUGCAAAUUUUCGAAACCGUGGCAAAAAUCGGCAAACAGCACGAUUUUACUACUGGACUCAUAAUCGGAGGUCAAAAUUUAAAGGCAGAAAAAAGUCGCUUGCAUCAAUUGAACAUCAUCAUCUGCACCCCCGGUCGUUUGCUGCAACAUAUGGACCAAAACCCUCUGUUCGACUGUAUGAAUAUGAAAAUUUUGGUCUUGGAUGAAGCGGACCGUUGCCUGGAUUUAGGAUUCGAAUCAGCUAUGAAUGCAAUCAUAGAGAAUCUGCCGUCUGAGCGGCAAACGAUGCUUUUCUCCGCCACUCAAACGAAAUCGGUCAAAGAUCUGGCGCGGUUGAACAUGAAGAAUCCGCUGUACAUUGCACCUCAUGAGAAGGAGGAAUACACCACCCCUAGUCGACUGCAGCAGAACUACGUAGCGGUAGAAAUUGGCCAGAAGCUAACCAUGCUUUGGUCGUUCAUCAAGUCCCACAGCAAGCAGAAGAUUAUUGUGUUCUUUGCCACUUGUAAGCAGGUAAAAUAUUUCUACGAAAUAUUCCGUAAACUACGCCCAAGCAUCUUACUUUUUCCUUUGUAUGGCGGUAUGAAUCAGGAACGGCGGAACAAAAUCUACACGGAAUUUUGCUCGAAGAGUAACGUAUGCCUUUUUGCCACCGAUGUCGCCUCUCGAGGUCUGGAUUUUCCAAAAGUAAACUGGGUCGUACAGUUAGAUUGUCCGGAGGACGCCACGCAGUACAUUCACCGGGCAGGUCGAACGGCACGCCUUAACACUAGCGGUGAGAGUUUGCUUGUACUGCUGCCCCAGGAAGAGGAAGGCGUGGUGAAGAUGCUGGAGAAGACAAAGGUGCCAAUCAACAAGAUUCACAUCGAUGAAAAGCAACUGUUUUCGCCUUUGGUCAAAAUACAAUCAUUUUUGGCUCAAUCGCCCGAACUGAAAGAAACGGCCAAAAGGGCGUUUGUAGCGUACGUUAAAUCGGUGGCAUUGAUGAAGGAAAAAAGUAUAUUUGACGCUUCGAAGGUUGAUUUGGAAGCGUAUGCCAAGUCACUGGGCCUGUUGGUGACACCGAGAGUUCGAUUUUUGUCCAAAAUGGAAAAUAAGUCGAAGAAAUCCAACGUCAAAACGGAUGUUAAGGUAACCAUAGAGGAAAACGAUGAAGAAGACAGCGAAGGAGAAUUGUUCACAGUUAAGAAAAGCGAAAGUAGUACUACAACGGAGAAUAUAGAAGAGGAAGCGAAUAGAGAGCAUCAUGUGGUUAUUGAAUCCAAAAAGAAGGUUACCAAGGUAAAACUUUUGAAGAAAGCCUUGGUUACCAACAAGAAGAUUAAUUUCGACGAUAGUGGAAACAUGGUCGACGAGGAGGUUCGCGAUGAAGUGUAUGACAUUGAGAAGGCUCGUGCUCAGCUGAAACUGGCAGAUGCUGCAGACAAGGAACGAUACAAAUCACUCCAGAAGGCCAAACGUGUGGCUAAGAAGGAGAAACUGAAACGAAAGGCCGACGAAGAGAAUGAAGAGGAGGAUGAUUUUGGAAGUGAUGAAGAGCAUAGCGUCGAUUUGAACUGGCUUCCGGAUCCGGAUAAGGUGUACAAGGAUCGUGAUCAAGAUGAGGAGAGUGAGGAUGACUCAUCAGCGGCUGAGGAAACGAACACAACCGUGGUGGCGAAGAAGACUGUGAAAAAGCGGAAGAUUGCCGACAAGAUCGGUGAUAUCACACUGACGGAGGCAGAACAAUUGGCAAUGAAUCUUCUGAAGUAAGUCUUUAUUGUACCUUCGCGGAAAACUUUAACGAUAAUAAAUGUGUCAUUUCUUUUGAGCCGUUUGAAGCCAG